GAAAGAGUAAGAGCGUCACGUGAUGCCGGAGGCCCGGAAAGCUCUGAGGUGGAGCUGAGCGUCUCCUCCGUCCGCCAUUUUCCUGCGGCGACCAGCUGUGCAUGUGUGCGUGAGGGAAGGAGAAGGGAGGCUUACGGUGGUGGCGGCGGCGGCCGAGCGGCAGGCCGCGGUAGUGGUCGAGGCCGAGGAGGCGGGGAAGGAGGAGGAAAGAGGAAGGAGGAGAAGCCUCUUCCCGGGUGACAGGCCCGGCCCUUCCGAAGGCGGAGCGCUGCCGGGCGUCCUCAGCGGCCGCGGCGGCGUUGUUGAGUCCAGCCGGGACCGCCCUCCUUUCCUCCCUCCCUCCCUCCCUCCUUCUCCUUCUCCUCUUCCUUUCCCCGUCCCUGCUUCACCAGCCUGGUUGAGGAAUAGCAGCGGCAGCGGAGUGUCUCUGAAUCCGGCACCGCCAUGUCUGGGCAGAGCCUGACCGACCGCAUCACGGCGGCGCAGCACAGCGUGACCGGCUCGGCCGUGUCCAAGACCGUCUGCAAGGCCACCACGCACGAGGUGAUGGGCCCCAAGAAGAAGCACCUGGACUAUUUAAUACAGUGCACAAAUGAGAUGAACGUAAAUAUCCCACAGUUGGCGGACAGCUUGUUCGAAAGGACAAUGAACAGUAGCUGGGUGGUGGUAUUCAAGUCACUCAUCACAACACACCAUCUAAUGGUGUACGGAAAUGAGCGUUUUAUCCAGUAUCUGGCUUCCAGGAACACAUUGUUUAACUUGAGCAAUUUCUUGGACAAAAGUGGAUUGCAAGGGUAUGAUAUGUCCACAUUUAUCAGAAGAUAUAGCAGGUAUUUGAAUGAAAAAGCAGUUUCCUACAGACAAGUAGCUUUUGAUUUCACAAAAGUAAAAAGAGGUGCUGAUGGAGUCAUGAGGACUAUGAAUACUGAGAAACUCCUAAAAACAGUACCAAUAAUACAAAACCAGAUGGAUGCACUUCUUGAUUUCAAUGUCAACAGCAAUGAACUUACAAAUGGUGUAAUUAAUGCUGCCUUCAUGCUUCUCUUCAAAGAUGCCAUUAGACUCUUUGCAGCGUAUAAUGAAGGGAUUAUUAACCUGUUGGAAAAAUACUUUGACAUGAAAAAGAAUCAAUGCAAAGAAGGCCUUGACAUAUAUAAGAAGUUUCUGACUAGAAUGACAAGGAUUUCUGAGUUUCUCAAAGUUGCAGAGCAAGUGGGGAUAGACAGAGGAGACAUACCAGAUCUUUCUCAGGCACCAAGCAGCCUUCUUGAUGCAUUGGAACAGCACUUAGCCUCCUUAGAAGGAAAGAAAAUCAAAGACUCUACUGCUGCAAGCAGGGCUACCACUCUUUCCAAUGCAGUCUCCUCCCUCGCAAGCACCGGCCUGUCGCUCACCAAAGUAGAUGAAAGGGAAAAACAAGCUGCACUAGAGGAAGAGCAGGCACGUUUAAAAGCUUUAAAGGAACAACGUCUAAAAGAACUUGCAAAGAAACCUCAUAACUCCUUAACAACAGCCUCCUCUCCUGUGUCUAAUGCAGCAGGAAGCAUAAUGACUACACCAGCCAUUGACAUGUUUUCCACACCUAGUUCUUCAAACAGUACAUCAAAGCUGCCAAAUGACCUCCUUGAUUUGCAGCCAACCUUUCAUCCGUCUGUGCAUCCUAUAUCCUCUGCGCCACAAGUAGGAGGGACCUGGGGAGAUCCUUUCACUUCUACCGCUGACGCUGUUGAUGAUGCCGUUCCAAGCCUAAAUCCUUUCCUCACAAAAUCUAGCGAUCACCUCUCUGUCUCUUCUGACGUACUACCCACUUUCACUUCUAGGACACCAACUCAUGAGAUGUUCGUUGAUCGCUUCAAUCCAUUUACUGAAUCAAACCCCUUUGUGGAAACCAAAUAUGCAUCCACUUUUCAGCUCUGUCACUUUACUUCAGAUUCUUUUUGUGGUCCUCAAGCUUAUCCUCCUAACGCUUCCCAUUUCCGCAGUGAGCCCUCAACUGUAGCUGGCCUAUUUGGAGGGUUCACCCAGUCUCCUGUUGCUCCAUCGCAGCCCUCAGCAGGCCUUAAUGUUGACUUUGAGUCUGUGUUUGGCAACAAAACUUCAAAUGUACCUGUGGAUUCUGGUGGGUUUGAUGAAUUAGGUGGACUCCUAAAACCGACAGUGGCCUCUCAAAACCAGAGUCUUCCAACUUCAAAAGGUCCACCUAACAAGUUAGUGUUGGAUGAUCUGGAUUCAUCUUUAGCCAAUCUUGUGGGCAAUCUGGGCAUUGGAAAUGGAACAACUAAAAAUGAUGUGAACUGGACACAGCCAGGAGAAAAGAAACUAACUGGAGGCUCCAACUGGCAACCCAAAGUUGCACCAACAACAGCAUGGAACACUCCAACAAUGAAUGGCAUGCAUUUUCCACAAUACGCACCGCCCGUCAUGGCCUAUCCUGCUACAACGCCAACAGGAAUGAUGGGGUAUGGAAUGCCAUCCCAAAUGGGAGGAGUACCAGUAAUGACGCAACCAACCUUAAUAUACAGCCAACCUGUCAUGAGACCUCCAAAUCCUUUUGGUCCUGUAUCGGGAGCCCAGCUGUCUGCAGCAUCCAGCCCAUCCACUCAGAGUCCACACAGAGCUUCAGGGAAGGAUCCUUUUGCAGAGCUCUCCCUCCAGGAUUUCUUAUAGGACAAUUUAGAUACAAUUCAUGUAACCGCACCAGAAGGGGUGGGGCAGGAACAGUUCCAGAAAGACCCGUGCUCAACAACAGACCCUUCUUUCCAGCCAAAUCAGAACUGAUGCCUCAGCUCUCCUCUUCACUAGAACGGCCUGGUAAAACCACACAAGGCCCCACGACAGCAGUAGGAGCACCAACAACAUAGGGAAGCCUUGAACCCCCGCAGCACUCUCGGUAUAAAACCAAGAAUUGCCACAAUUUUGGUGUGGGAUCUCUUUUUCUUUUUCUUUCUCCCCCUUCCUGGUGACUUCUAAUCAUGUCAGUAACUCGCCACCUGUUUUAACACUCUCCGUCAAUAACACACACACACACACAAAAGGAAGCCUCUUAUUUUGCCACGAAGGGUACAACAAGCACCUGGAACUGCCGCUUGGAACGAAGAGCUGGGCAUCCUCUUACCGUUAACUCCAACGACUUUCUCUAGGGGAUCAAAUCCGAAAACACCCUUUUAAUUCUGCCAUUUCCUCUCUGCAGUCAUCGCAAAUGUUAGACUCAAUAAUGGAAAGUUUUAACUUUUUAAAAAAAGAAUUAUAUAUUCCGUUUGCAUAGACAUUCCUUUAUGUAUUAUUGUUUGUAUUUAUUUAUGAUUAUCAGUUUAAGUAACAAUGUAUCACAAAGCCUCCUUUGCGGGGAAAUGAGCGUGGAUGUAUACAGUAUGUCUCCCUUUUGGAGUUUCUUUUUCCCCCCUUCCCUCCCUCCCUCUCUUCCCAUUUUUAUUCACGAGAACUAUUCUGAUUCAGAGUGCAUCUUCACUCCAGUAACGCACCCAAACUACACAGAGCACUGAGUACGUUCAAUGGUCUGAAAACACCAAUUGUCCAAACUCCAUGGGAAUUAGUUCUGUUAAGGAUUUUGGCAAGGGGUGGGGGGGAAAACAGCUGACUGGUUGGGAAGAGCACAGAAUUUCUCGACCAGAUGUUGGUGCUUCUGGGAUGAACUUUUUUCCUUGCUUUGUGCUUGGCAUGUCAUUUAUCUUACACUUGACGUACGGCCUUUCCAAAAUGAAUGUGAGGAAUUGCUUUCAUUUUUAAAGACUUUCCUUCUUCUCUGUACAAAAACCAAGCAAACCCCGAUACAAACUUCUGAGGUAUUACGUGAAAAAAAGCCUUCAAUCUUUUCUUCUUCUUUAUUUGCUAGUGCCAGCUCCAUGAUCAUGUAUCGUGAAAUAGAAUAAAAACUCAGAAGAGAAGUUGUGUCUUUACUAAAGGGCACAACCGCAACCACCAAGUUCCCCAGCAGAAGCUCCAUUCAGUCCGGUCUGGUGAGGGGCUUGUGCAGGAGAACUUCCUGGCGGGGUUGGCCUUUCAAUGUUGUAGGAACCCUUUUAGUUUUUCUGCAGAAUUUGAAGCAGCACUGUUGAUCGGUGCUCUGUGUAAAUACAAUCAUACCAGUUUGGGUGGCAUCUGGGGCCUUAAGAAGGAUAGUCAAAAGGCAUGAAAGCAAUUCUGUACAUGAAUUAAGCAUACUUGCUGCAUUGUCUCCGCAGAUUCUAUUUUUGUUUAAAAUGUUUAAAAGUACGUUAGCAAAAAAAAAAAAGGUGGAUUUUCAAAUAAAAUGCAGCUUCCACAGAA